UUUUUCUUUCCUUUAACCCUACCCAUUCAUUUAAUUAGUGUGUAUCUUGAAUUGUUGCGCCCUCCCUUGCAUAGAGUUGGAGUGGCACAUAUUAUCAAAUCGUAUACUGUUCUGAGAAAUUAGACAACAUCAUCUUGCGGGAUGGUGAUAAUUCCAUUCCUAGGAAACUGAAGCUGAAACUGCAGACCAUAAGCAAGGAUGGCAUCAACAGUGGUAGACGAAGAAGAACCGAGUAAGGGCAGCAGCGCCAACCAGCGAGCUUUAGUACCCAGUACGACAAGAGACUCACAUACGCCGUAUUCCGUCUUCACCAAGUCACAGAAAAGAUACAUUGUCUUCUCGGCAUCAUGGGCGGGCUUUUUCUCACCGGUAUCAUCGCAGAUCUAUUUCCCAGCGUUGAACAGCCUGGCCCACGACCUAAAUGUGUCAAGCUCGCUAAUUAAUCUGACCCUCACAAGCUAUAUGGUAACCAAUAUCAAUGCCAAGAUAUUCCAAGGAUUAUCUCCCAUGUUUGUCGGUGACUUUGCCGAUAAAGCUGGUCGCCGGCCAGCUUAUCUUGUGUGCUUUAUUAUCUAUAUCGCCGCCAAUAUUGGCCUCGCAUUGCAAGAUGAUUUUGCCGCCCUCUUUGUUCUUAGAUGUCUGCAGAGUGCCGGCAGUAGCACUACAAUAGCCCUGUCAUCAGGCGUGGUAGCUGAUAUCGCUAUUGCGGCAGAGCGUGGGUCUUAUAUGGGCUUUGUGACUGCAGGCUCAUUGCUAGGCCCUGCCCUGGGGCCCAUUAUCGGCGGUCUUCUGUCUCAAUAUCUCGGAUGGCGUGCAAUUUUCUGGUUCCUGAUUAUCUUUGCAGCGGCCUUUCUGGUUCAAUUCAUCUUGUUCUUUCCCGAAACCGCCCGCGCAAUCGUAGGUGAUGGAUCAAUUCCUCCCCCGGCCUGGAAUCUAUCGAUCGUCAGUUGGUUGAGGACGCGGAAGCUACCACCGCAGGAGAAUGCCCUUCGUCCCAAGCUCAAGUUCCCCAAUCCCGUGAAAACGCUCUCUAUCGUGUUCCAAAGGGAUACAGGAAUAAUUCUUCUCUCCAAUGCUCUUCUCUUUGCGGGCUUCUACGAUGUCAGCGCAUCUAUCCCGUCUAUCUAUAAGGAGCUCUAUGGCCUAGAUGACCUUCAGAUCGGGCUAUGCUAUAUCCCGUUUGGAUUGGGAGCGACAGUAGCUUCAAUCGUCAGUGGGAAACUACUGGAUCGGAAUUACCGUCGCCUAGCGAAGCCAUUAGGCUUUUCUCUCCUUGAGACUCGAUCUCGUAACCUGAAAGGGUUUCCUAUCGAAAAGGCCCGUUUGCAGAUUGCCCUACCUCUCCUGACCAUAGCCAGCUUUACGGUGAUUGCCUUUGGCUGGUGUCUGAAUUUUGCCGUUCACCUUGCUGCCCCUACCACCAUUCUUUUCUUCAUGGGCUUAACAUUGACCGGAGCUUUCAACACAGUCGGUACCCUGCUCGUGGACCUCUAUCCUACGAAUGCCGCUGUCGCAACGGCAUCCAAUAACUUCGUCCGCUGUUUGCUAGGUGCUGGGGCAACUGCUCUCAUUGACCCCAUGUUGAGUGCGAUGGGAAGGGGCUGGUGCUUCACCUUCAUCGCGCUAGUCAUGCUGUCCACUGCCCCGUUGUUAGUGCUGGUAAUAAAAUUUGGACCUCGAUGGAGGGAACAGAGGCUCGCGGUGCACGAGAUCUCUGUAGAAAAUUCUAACAGCGAAAAGGCGGCCUGAAAGUGGACUGGGUAUCUUGUCCAGUGUCUCGUUUGAAAAAAGGGUUCUGCCCCUAUAAGACAAUCUGAUCAACGAAUACAAUGAUUUAAUGUUGGAGUGCUGCACUCAGUGAAUGCAAUCAGCACCACCAUAAAGCAGCAUCACCAUAAAGAAGAAGAUAGCGACACGUGACUACUUUGUGUAUUUAAGGCUACUGUUUCCUUCUAGAUCUUCAUGCUUCCUCCAAGCAUCUCUCUAUUUCCUAGUUAGACCC